CUUCUACAAUCCAGCCAUCAAAUGUCUCCCCGUCACAUACUUCUCCCCUGCCGCUCGCGACGCCCGCGCCGCUCCCACGACAGCCAUGUCGUCCACGGCGUCGCAGCGAGCCCUCGACUACCUCGAACAACUCCCCGGCACCACCUUCACCAAGCUCUACCAGCAGCCCUCCACCGCCCUCGCCAUCUUCCGCCGCAUGCUGCCCCAUCUGGCCAAGAACCUCGUCAUGGCCAUGCUGUACAUGCCCGCUCCCUUUCCCAUCGCCGACCUUGACGCCUGGAUCAAGCCCGACUCGGAAAACGCACAAGCAAAAGAUCGCGCCCUCAGCAUUCUUCAACGCCUCAGGAUUUUGGAAGAAAGUGAUGGGAGGAGCUACAAACUCGCAGACGCCUUCGCCCGAAGUCUGAGGCUAGCCUUGACCGGCGGCGGAAACCAUCGGUCCUUUGGCGUUCCGUGCAGCACGCCUGAUGCCAAAGCCAUGACGGUCGGAUGGCUCGAUACCUUUGCGCGCCAGCAGUGGGAGGCCAUCCUUUAUUACGUCGUAGGUAGCGUGGCGAAUGCAACCCUUGGUGGAGAGGUGCAGGAGAUCAGCGAGGGCACGAAGCAGCUGUUGCAGAAAGGGGAGUUUGUGACGGUGAAAGGCUCGGGCGCCAGGGCCGCGACCGCCAUUACGGAGAAAGGCUUUUCUUUCCUCUUGCAAGAAGUCAAUGCCCAGAUUUGGACACUUUUGAUCGUCUACCUCGAGGUUUCAGGCGAGCUGCAAAUGGACCCUGUGGACGUGCUCUCGUUUCUCUUCACCCUCGGCUCUCUCGAACUCGGCAUCAGCUACAGCACUUCCAACCUCACCCCAACCCAGCAACAGAUGCUCGAAGACCUCGCCGACUUUGGCCUCAUCUACCGUCGUGCAACAGACACCUCCCGCUAUUACCCGACCCGCCUGGCCACCACCCUCACCUCCGACGCCCCAGCACUGCCAAAUUCUAGUUUGACAGCAACGACAACCACCCAACUCAACAACAACGCCGCCAAUUCGACCUUCGACCUCGCUGCACAAAGCGAAAAGGGCUACAUUAUCGUCGAAACCAACUACCGCCUCUACGCCUACACCAACUCCCCCUUGCUCAUUUCCAUCCUCUCCCUCUUCACUCAACUCCAAACACGCUACCCCAACCUCAUCACCGCCAAAAUCACCAAACGCAGCAUCCAGACCGCCAUCACCUCCGGCAUCACCUCGCAGCAGAUCAUCGAGUACCUGACCGCGCACGCCCACCCCAUCCUUCGGCGUCAGGCGCCCAUUUUGCCGCCCACCGUCGUCGACCAAAUUCGCCUUUGGCAGAUCGAAGGCGAGAGGAUGACGGCGUGGCGCGGGUAUCUCAUUCGAGACGUGGGGAGCCAGGAGGAUUACGAGAAGGCGGUGCAGUAUGCAGAGGCGUUGGGCGUGCUGCGGAAGGAGUUUCGCAGUAAAGGCUGGUUCUUCGUCAGUCGGAUGGAUCAAAUGAGUGGAUAUUUCAAGAAUCUGGCGGCGCGGAGGAGAGAAGCAAUGGCCGCGCAGGCUGCGGCGUCGCAAAGCGGUCGGAGUAGCGCUGCUCCUCCUUAACGAGUGUCAAAUGAUCUGGUUGCAUUGCAUAGCGUUGGAGUGUCAAUGGAAAGUAGAAACUCAGUCGUACUAGACAGCGGGGCAAUGACCAUGUCCAGCUACGUAGACUCGGUAGACUCAUUAUGAAGUGUGCUGCAAGGGGCACAUUCCUCCCAGC